AUGGAUGAAGACAACUCAAAUCAAUUAAAUACUAAUGAUGAUUUAGCAUCAACUGAUCCAGAAGAAAAACAUUCAUCGUCAUCAUCAUCUGUGUUUGUUCUUCAACAAUCUUUAAGCGAUGAUCAACAAGAAGAAACAUUUCAUUAUCAACUAAAAGCACCAUUAUGUGUAUCACAAAGAUAUGAAAAAGAGUUUUUUGAUCAUUUUCAUAUAAAUUACUUUGGUGAACUGGAACGUGAAGGUUUAUUUUUAGCUUCUGUUCGAUCUAUUCGAACAAAACCAAGUGAAAUAAAUAGAAAAUUAUCAUCUUGUUAUUCAACGACAAAUGAUGACGAAAAUCAACAUUUACUUCGAGCCAUUAUUCGUACAAAGAAUAACAACUAUGAUAUAUCAGGAAUAAUAAAUGUCAAAAAUGAAGAAAACACAUUACAAUUUCUAUUAGACAAGACUGAACUAUCAUCGAUUUGUCUUGUUGAGCUUGUUCAUGAUAUCAAAGCAAAUGAAAAAAUUCUUGAAUUUGACAAAUAUAAUGAUGAGCAACUUUCAAAUAAAGUUGGUAUUGUUCAUCAAUAUUUAAAUCAAUCAAAUGAAAUUGAAAUAUUAAGUAACAAUGAAAUGUCGAUUGAAAUGAAAAAUUUUCUAAAUUUAAUUAGUGAACUUGUUCAAUUAAAAAAUUUCAAUAAAUAUUGUGGUGAUCUUGAUACAAAAACAGAUCAACAUGGAACUUAUUCUUAUUUUGCCACGUAUCAAAAUCAUCAAAUUAUGUUUAAUGUAGCACCAAUGAUUCCAUCUGAUAAAAAUGAUUUAGAAUUUAUCGGAAGAAAAAGUUUAAUUGCUAAUGCAUUAAUAUGUAUUGUUUUUCAAGAAAAAAGUGGACUUUCAUUUCAACCAGAUUAUUUUCUCGGAAAAGUAACACAAGUCUAUAUUAUAGUGCAACCAAUUCAAAUUGAAUCUGAUCUUUAUUACAAAAUUGAAAUUUGGCGUCGUUCUGACAUUGAACCGAUAGUUGAUCCACCUGGAGGUAUUUUUAAACAUGACGAAUCAUUUCGAGAUUAUUUUCUUAUAUUAAUUUUGAAUACAAUGAGUACUAUUUUAAAAAAAGAUUUUUUUCAAAAACGUAUUAUUGAACAAAGAUAUCGUUUGAAUAAUGAAUAUCUUACAAAGCUUUCUCGAAUGUUUUAUUCCUAUUCUAAAUAUGAUUUAUCAACGUUAUGUGGCAAUGAUGAUGAUAUACCUAUUGAAAAUGCAAACAUAAGAGGUCAUAUAACGUCUAAACAUCAUCGUCUUCCCAUUAUAACGAACAUAGUCAGAAGAUUAAGUAUUAGUAAUCGAUCAAAACAACGUUUUUCAUUUACGGGAAAUACGGAAAAAAUAAGUCUAUCAGACAGUGAAAUAUCACCAACAAUAACAAAACACAAUCGUUGGACAUCACUCAAUGACAAAAUAAAUCAUAUUUCAUCUAUGGUUAGAGUUUUACUCUUUUUUUAA